GUUUAAAUAUAAGCGGAUAAAAAGCGGAAACAACCGCAGAACAGAGUAGAGAUAAAGUGAAAAAGCCAAGGAAGAAGCUGCUCGCUCCCUCCACAGCUAAAGUUAUGAUGAUAUACACUUGGAUUUUAUAUUCAGUAUACAUCUUCUCAAAUUUCAAGGAUGCUCUGCUGGAUUCUGCAAUUACAAACAUACCCAGAUCAAGAAAGACAACAUUAGUGUUGUAUGUGAAUGAGUUUGGUGCACAAGGAGAUGGCUUCACUGAUGACACUGAGGCUUUGGAAGAGAUCUGGAAAGUUGCUUGUUCUUCAUCUUUAAGAGCAGAAAUUGUAAUCCCCUCACAAUAUUCAGUUUUGGUUCGACCAAUUCAGCUUGCUGGGCCUUGUCGAUCCCGGGUGACUAUAACGAUUUUGGGCAGCAUAUUAGCCCCCAAAAGCCCUGAUGUUUGGGAUGGUCUUAAUAAACAGAAAUGGAUAUAUUUCACUGGAGUGAACAAUCUUCUUGUACAAGGGCAUGGUGUAGUUAAUGGGAUGGGCAGGGAAUGGUGGGUUAGAUCUUGCAAAGUUAACACGACAAAUCCAUGUCAGCAUGCUCCGACGGCCAUGACAUUUCAUAGAUGUGAGAAUCUGAAAGUUAGAAAUCUUAUGAUAAUAGAUAGUCAACAAAUGCACAUGGCUUUCACUAGUUGUGUUAAGGUUGUGGCGUCACGAUUGAGAGUGUCAGCGCCUGUGGCUAGCCCCAACACAGAUGGGAUCCACAUAAGUGCUUCUACUCGUGUCGAAGUUAAGAAUACCAUCAUACGUACUGGAGAUGAUUGCAUUUCUAUAGUGAGCAACUCUUCACGUAUUCGUGUUAGAAACAUCACUUGUGGCCCUGGCCAUGGAAUAAGCAUUGGGAGUUUGGGAAAAUCAAACACAUGGUCUCAGGUGCACGAUGUAAGGGUGGACGGAGCUCAUUUUUUAAAUACAGAAAACGGGGUGAGGAUAAAAACAUGGCAGGGAGGUAGCGGUUUUGCCAGCCAGAUUACAUUUAAAGAUAUUUGGAUGGAAAAUGUUUCAAAUCCAAUCAUAAUUGAUCAGUAUUAUUGUGAUUCGCGGUCAGCAUGUCAAAACCAGACUUCGGCUCUUCUGGUGAAAAAUAUAUCAUACAUACACAUCAAAGGAACUUCAGCUACGGAGAAUGCUAUAAGAUUUGCUUGCAGUGAUACCUACCCAUGUCAAGGGUUAUACCUGGAAGAUAUACAACUUGUACCAGAGUCUGGGGGUGUAUCAAAGUCAUUUUGUUGGGAAGCUGAAGGCUCAAGUUCAGGUCAAAUAUACCCGCCUCCUUGCUUUUCAUGUGGAGGAAGCUUUAUUGAUCAGAAAGUAAGGUCUGACCCCAUGCUCAAAUCUAUCUGAAUAUACCGCAGUUCCACUCUAUGCAUGCUCUGAGCAAUGUGAGCAAUCUACUAGCGCUUGAACCACAAAGGUUAGACUGUAUAUAGAACGACCCCAAUGAGUAUUAGGCCAGCUAGAUUGUGUUUCUUGGUUUUGUUCAUGGUACAUAUAUCAUGCAGACAAUUCUGAUUUCUGAUUGAAUUCACAGAGCUGUGAUUUGUGGCUUGGCAAAUUUAGAUGCAGUCGUGACAGCAACAACAUACUGUAAUGUGCACAAGUACAGGAACUCAAGUUGAAGUUGAUUGAACUCAGUAUCUUGAACAACCUAGAGUAGAGUCAGAGAUCUGUGAAAAACUAAUGAGGCGACUUCAAAAUUUACAAGCUGCUUUAUAUAUUUUUGUAAAAUGAAAGUAUUAUUAGAUUAUAUUAGAUCUAACAAGUAUAA